CCACAUAAUCAUUAUUGCGUCGGUGGCUAACUGUUUCUCAUCACUAGACACUACCACUAUGGCCAAGAAAGUGCUCUGAAAAUCAAGGUUACUCUGAGGCCAUGGCCGCAGCUUUGACUUCUUCAUUUCCUGUCCUCUUCUUUGCAAGAUUUUCAGCUUGUCUAGUUGCACUGCUUGUAGUAAUAUGGGCUCUUCACUUCCAGGAUAGCUUCAUUCCUCACUCCCCAAUCCAAGAAGAACACAUUUACGCUGUUAUGCACCCUUUGUUAAUGGUGAUUGGCUUCAUCCUCAUCAGUGGAGAAGCCAUUUUGGUGUACAAAUGGUUGCCUGGUUCAAGAAAUUUGAAGAAAUUAGUCCAUCUCUGCCUCCAAGGUGUGGCUUUGGCUUGUGGAAUUUUUGGGAUUUGGACAAAAUUUCAAGGCCAAGAUGGAAUUGUUGCUAAUUUUUACAGUUUACAUUCAUGGAUGGGAAUAGUCUGUAUGUUCCUGUUUGGGGCUCAGUGGUUGUUUGGAUUCAUGAGCUUUUGGCAUAGGGGCGAGGUGCGGACGACGAGGCUAAAGGUACUUCCUUGGCAUGUCUUCCUAGGUUUGUACACAUAUGGUUUAGCCGUGGUAACAGCUGAGACAGGGCUUCUUGAGAAGCUCACUUUCUUGCAAACCUUGGGAAACGUGUCUAAGCGUUGCCCGGAGACAGCGGUCGUCAACGGUUUAGGGCUCAGUUUGGCCCUGCUGAGCAGUGUUGUGAUUGUGGCAGCAGUUACACCACCAAUGCGCCAAAUUUCAGACAGGAAGCACUCUUCUUUCUAGCUGAAAAGAAUGCUGUUACAUUGUACAUAUUGAUAUACAUGCUUUGUGAUGUGAUGUGUUAUUUCUGAAACAGUAAUUACUUUUGUCACUUUGCAUUAUACUAGUGUCUAGUUGAGUUA